CAAAAAAAAAACCCCACUAAAAAGGGCAAAAAUAUCCCUGCGGGGAAUGCAGAGAGAUGAGGAGGACAUCGCUGACAAGGCCUGAGCUGUUUGGACACGGUAAGCGGUCCAUCGGCGGCAGGAAUUGCCACCGUAAACACGUUGAAGACGGGUGAUUCAUUCGUAUCCUGUACACUCUUACAAAGAAAAAGAAAAAAAUCUCUCUUCUUAAUGUUCUACUUCUUUAUGUUAUCUCUUGCGUUGUAUAUGCUAGAAUUCUGAUCGAAAAAAAAAAGAUUCAAAGCUUUUCUUGUAGUGUAUUUUUCUCGAGAUUGUAACGAAAAAUGGCAGAGAAAUUUAGAAGUGAAAACCCAGCUUUGCUACAUGGAAAAUACGAGCUUGGUCGUAUGUUGGGCCAUGGAACUUUCGCUAAAGUCUACCAUGCUCGGAAUCUUCAGACAGGGAAAAGUGUUGCCAUGAAAGUUGUUGGCAAGGAGAAAGUGAUUAGAGUUGGGAUGAUGGAGCAGAUCAAGCGAGAGAUUUCCGUCAUGAAGAUGGUGAAACACCCCAAUAUUGUUGAGUUGCAUGAAGUCAUGGCGAGUAAGUCCAAGAUUUACUUUGCCAUGGAACUUGUUCGAGGCGGUGAACUCUUCUCGAAAAUCGCCAAGGGUCGGCUCAAGGAAGACUUGGCAAGAGUCUAUUUCCAACAGUUGGUUUCCGUUAUCGAUUUCUGUCAUAGCCGUGGGGUUUACCACCGUGAUUUGAAGCCGGAGAAUUUGCUCUUGGAUGAAGAUGGCUGCUUGAAGGUUACAGAUUUUGGUCUCAGCGCUUUCUCUGAGCACUUGAAACAAGACGGGUUAUUGCACACAACAUGUGGAACACCGGCUUAUGUGGCUCCUGAAGUUAUUGGUAAAAAAGGAUACGACGGAGCUAAAGCAGAUCUUUGGUCUUGUGGGGUAAUCCUUUACGUGCUUCUCGCUGGGUUCUUACCAUUUCAAGAUGAUAAUAUGGUAGCCAUGUACAGGAAGAUUUACAGAGGAGAUUUCAAGUGCCCACCUUGGUUUUCCCCUGAAGCUCGUAGAUUAAUUACUAAGCUUUUAGAUCCCAACCCAAAUACCCGAAUCACCACUUCAAAGGUGAUGGACUCGUCUUGGUUCAGGAAAUCAAUACCCAAGACUAUUAGAACCAAGGGGGAGCUAGAAUUUGAAGCCUUCAAUGGCGAGAAAUCAUCCAAGCCUGAGACUCUGAACGCUUUCCAUAUCAUUUCCUUAUCCGAGGGCUUCGAUUUGUCACCGUUGUUUGAAGAGAAGAAGAGAGAAGAGAAAGAGGAGCUAAGAUUCGCUACAACAAGGCCAGCGAGCAGUGUAAUAUCGAGACUGGAAGAGGUGGCCAAGUCGAUGAAGUUCAGCGUCAAGAAGAGCGAGUCAAGUGUAAGACUGCAGGGUCAAGAAUGUGGAAGGAAAGGGAAAUUAGCCAUUGCUGCUGACAUUUUCGCAUUAACACCGUCGUUUCUGGUGGUGGAAGUUAAAAAAGACCAUGGUGAUACCCUUGAAUACAACCAGUUUUGCAGUAAAGAGCUCCGACCGGCGCUUAAGGACAUCGUCUGGACGUCGCCCUCCGAUAACUCGACUGUCGCUUGACUUCUAUUAUGUUCUAGACCAUUGUUUCAUAAUGUUGUUAUUAUUGUUUAGAAAGAAAACCAGAAACAGAGGAUGUUCUGGGUUUGGUCGUUUGUGAUUAUGUUAAAGAUGGAAUCAUAUGCGCAUCAUUCGAUUAAAUUUAUUGAUGAUGUUCCAUUUUUACGCCAA